CUCUUAGAGCAAGAUGGCACAGAUGGUGCCAAGAUUGCAGAGGAGCUUUCCAAGCAGAUUGAGGAGCUGAAGCAGUCCCAUCAAGAUGCUCUUCGCGUGAAGGAAGAGCAGAAUGAAGAGCUCAUGAAGCAACUCGAUGCGCUUAAUCACCAACUCGAAUCAGAUGCCGACAAUCUGAAGGAGCUGACGGGCCAGAACGCAGAGCUGCAAGAGACGAUCAAGAACUUGGAAACCGCUUCCCACCAGAAUGAGCAGCAGCAUGCCGCCACGCUUAGCAAAGUAGAGGCGGAAUUGGCGGAGAUGCGGAAGAAGGUGGAAUCUACCAAAGUAGAGCUUACGGAGCUAGAAGAGAAACACCAACAGACCUUACGGGUUCUACGGAACGAUCAUGACGAUGAGAUCGAAUCUCUGCGAGCAGACCUGGAGGGUGAUGCCAAGAUCCGGCUCGACGAGCUGCAAGCGCGGUAUGAUGUACUCGUCCAAGAGAAAAAAGCGUCAACGGAUGAGUACGAGCAGCGUAUAGCAAAGGCCGAAGAAGCGCUCUCUGCCGUACGCGAGGAGCUGGAGAGUGCAAAGGAGUCUUCUGGUACAGCUUCGCAGAGUCUUAAAGAUGCCAUUGCAAAACAGGGAGAACUUGCAACAGAGAAGGCUGCGCUUGAAGAGGCGUACGCGGCAAUGGAGAAACACCUUACCGAGCUCCAGUCGCGCCACGAUGGCCUCAUUUCCGAGAAGGCUGCGGCUGAAGAAGCUCAUGCCGCCUCACAAACCGUUGUUGCUGAGUUGCAGGCACGCGUUGAGAAUUUAGUGGAGGAGAAGACGGCCGCAGAGGAAGCACACAGCCGUGCGAUUGAAGCUCUCCAGAAUGAAUCGGACAGUGCAUCAAAACAACUUCUCGAAGCGUUGCAAGCCAAGUAUGACGCUCUGGUGGAGGAGAACGCGAGCAACCAGGCCGCUCACUUGAAGGAACUCGAAGCUUUGCGCGAGGAUCGGAAUGGACUGUCUGAGCAGUUUGCGGAGCUGAAGAGGACGUACGAUGUUCUGGCAGAGGAGAACACUGGUAAACAACGUGCUCUUACCGAUGAAUUUGAGGCUAUACGCAGAGAGCGGGAUGAACUAGUUGAAAAGCUUGCCGAACUCAAGAAGAUCCAUGAGGACACCGUCGCCGAGAAUGUAAUCAUUCAAGAUGUCCAUGACAAGGAGCUGCUGUCUGUCCGGGAAGACAUCGAAGAAAAGUACGCCAAGCUGCUCGAAGCACUUCAAAACGAUGUCGCCGCACUGGAGCAGCAAAAGAAGGCUGCUGUCGAAGAGAAGCGGAAAGCCGUCGAUGAGCUUGCCAGUUUGAGGACGCAGGUAGACUCCGGGAAUCAUGCUGGACAGGCUGAACUCGAGGCGCUGAAAGCGAAGUUGGAUGCCCUGGUGGCGGAGAAGUCUGCUGCUGAGCAGGAACAUGCCGAUACCAUUGCGAAGCUCAAGCAAGAGCUUGAGGAGCAGCAUACGAAGACACUGUCUGAUCUGCAGUCCAAGUACGAGGAGAGUCAGGCACGGCUUGCAAAAGCCGAUCAGGAGCAUGCCGAUGCAAUAGCCCUGCUCAGAGCGGAGCUACAGGACGGCCAUUCCAACGGUAUUUCAGAGUUGCAGAACCGCCUAGAAGAGCUGCAGAAACGACAUGAUACACUCGUUGAGCAGAAGGCUUCGACUGAGGCAGCCCACGAAGAGGCCAUCUCUGAGCUUAUGCAGGGCAUGGAGGCUAGUCAGGCUGAAGCAGUGCAGGACUUGCGAAAGAAAUACCAUGAUCUCAAUGCAAGGAUGGAAGCUGAGCGAUUGCGUCAUGUUGCGGAGCUCGAGGAGGCGAGGAAAGCUGCCAAGGAGGAGCAAGAAGCUUCUCUUAAUGAACUACAGGCCAUGUGCGAGGCACUCCAAGCCGAGGUCGAGGCAGCACGGUCUAAUCAUGCUGCGGAGCUUGAGGCGGCCAAAAAAGCACAUAUUGUAGAGCGUGAAGCUUCCCUCAAUGAGCUACAAGCAAUGUGCGACUCACUGCAGGCCGAGGUUGAAGCAGCAAGAAAGAAGGAUAGCGAGCAGCAGCAAGCUUCUCUGCAGGAACUCCGGUCACGCUACGAAUCUCUCGCAUCGCGCGCCGCCACUGAUGCCGAAAAUCACACUCAGAACGUCGAACGUCUCCAACGGAUCAUCGAGGAGCUCGAAGCCAGCCGCAGCCAAGCCAUCGAGCGUAUGGAAGAAGCACAAGACCGGAUCGAAACAAUGAAGGUGGAGGUGGUGCGUAAACACGUUGCCGCCAUCCAACCUCUGGAAAGAGAGAACGCUGAGCUAAAAGAUAAAGUAGAGCGACUGGAAAUGAUCCUCAAAGCCGGUGAUCGUGUUGCUCGCGCCGCAGCGACGAUGGGCGAGAAACGCGAAAUCAAUGCCAUUGCCGAGGACGACGAGGAGGAGGACGAGGAGCAGGCUACUUCUGGUGCUCAGUCAUCGGCACACUCGCCCCGACCUCGUGAGGUGCUUGGAACAUUGGCGGCUAUGCAGGAAACACUCUCACAGCUCUCCGAGCUCAACAACGCUGCCAUAUCUGAAAGCUCUCGCGCAGCGCAGAGAUUGGCAGACGACGACUGGGUCGCCGUCGAGGGCAAGCCAGGGGCAUAAUGAGUGGUGUACAGAGGGGAGCAUUGAUUGACAAAUGCCCCUGCGAUUCAUUUCCAUGCCCGCUGAGCCUGCCUUACAUUCUUUGCCUACCUCGCUGAACUUACUCUUGUAAUCGACUUUUUUUCUUCUACCGGCGCGUCUGGCAAGACACUAUACCCUGUUGCGCCGCUUGUAUAUUUCACAUUUUCGGUCUGAAGCAAUUUCAAUCCCUUUAAUGAGUCCGGACAACUUGUAAGCCAGAGAGCUGAGCUGAACUAAAAAAGUAGA